UUAGAAGCUAGGUCUAUGGAAAGGCGAUGGCGAGGAGGGCGGCAACGCUGCUGGUGCCUGUACGAGGGAUGAGCGGGCUGCCGUUUUUCGGGCCGGACACACUGGAAGGUUUGUUUGAGAAGUUCUUGGCUCCCAAGUCUUCCAAGAAGCGGCAGGACGACGAUUUGGUGGCGGAGAGGGCACGGCUGACGAGCACGCGCAGGGAGGCAAUCGAGCUCUACCGCGACAUCUUUCGCGCGUCGAGGGCAUUCGCGUGGCCCAACGAGGACGGCAUUCUGUGGCGGGACCUGUUGCGCGCGAGCGCGAGGCAGGAGUUUGAGCAAGCGCGGCACGAGAGGGACCCGGAGGUGAUCGCCAAGCUGCUCGUCACCGGCAGGGACGCGGUGGAGGCGGCGGUGGACAAGUUGGUGGACAAGCACAAGGCGGCCAUGGCGCGAGAUCGGGUCUCAGGCGAGAGAGGCGAGUAGCGCAAGGAUUAUGGAGCAUGAGUUGCAGCAGCAGCAGCAGCAGCAGCGCGGGGUGAAACGCAAGCUGCGGGUGCUGCAAGAGGAGAGCUGCGCACUUCUGGAGGAGCUCGAGUCCACCCAGUCCGAGGUCAAGGCACUGCAGCAGGAGAAGAUGGAGCUGCUGGACAGGCUGCUGGUGCUGGAGGGAUUGGCCCACAAUCCAUACCCUCCCUUCAUUCGUCGCUCGCAGCAGCACUAGGUAGGAUGGCGUAGGCGCACUAUUCCCAUAAGAUCAAGGUGGUAUCAAAAGAUAUGCGCCCUGGCUGCCCUAGUCGUCGGCGCUAUCGGGGCCGUUGCCUGGCCCAGCCGAAGCACAGCCGUCGGAUCCGCGCAGGACUGACUGAAAAUAAAUAAAAAUCGCUGUUUGCGCU